AAUUUUCGCGACAAGUAAACGCAACUAUUUCCGGUUAUGUUUACAGCUGUUAAAGAAAACAAACCUGGGAAAAUGUUGUGAGCGCAGAAAAUAACUUCAACAGUCGCACAUUCACUGCUGAAUGUGAUAAUCCAUCACAUUAUGACAAGAGAAGGCAUGUGGUUUGUGAUGGAAAGCGCUCAAGCAAACUAUGAGCUGUCAGAUCGUCUCAUCCGUGCCAUCAGCAAUCUUCGCACAUUUUCUGGUGUAAAUGAUGAUAUUGAACAGCUCAUAGAAUCAGGUGCAGAUGUGAAUCGUCUCCAUGGCACCUUGCUACCAUUGCACUGUGCGUGCAUGGUCAGUGACAGCUACUGCCUUCAGCUUUUACUGCAAAAAGGUGCUCGGGUAAAUGAUAUAGACGGCUAUGGUCGAACAGCCUUGCACUAUGCUGCAGAACGGGACAUCUGUUGUACUGAAGUCCUGCUACAGCAUGGAGCUGAUGUUAAUGCUGGAGAUGGGAACCAUGACACCCCGCUGCACUGGGCAGCCUACAAGAAUCAUGUAGAAUGUGUCAAGCUGCUUCUACAACGUGGUGCAUUAGUUGAUGCUUAUGACUACAAUCUGGACACUCCUUUAAGUUGGGCUGCCCGUCGAGGGAAUCUGGAAGUUAUCAAGAUUCUUCUAGAUUACAAUGCAGAUCCUACGCUACAUAAUGCAAAAGGUCAUACGCCAUUAAUGAGAGCUGCAGCCACAGUUGCCAGCGGUCUUGAGACUGCUGCUGAUGAUGAUUGUUUGGAACUGCUGGUGAGAGCAUCUGGGCAGUUUGACGUGCGUAGUCCUUCAGGACAGCUGCCACCAGAACUGGCACGAGACAAUAAAGUGCGUGAAACUCUGCUUCCGCUGUGCUGUAAUCCACUUCGACUGCAGGCUCUCUGCCGAACACAAAUAAGACGUUGUCUCGGCCACUGCUACAUGCCAAAUGUCAUGCGAAAGCUGCCAAUGCCUCCACAACUUCAGGAUUUUUUACUGCUCACCAGUUAAUGCUAAAGGACUGUCACAUCUUUGUGACAGUUUUGCAAAAGGUUUAGGGAGAAAGCAGAGAAACUUGAAGACUGCAGUAAUUAAGUAUUCCUUGUUUUUCAGGAAAGUGCAGGUACAACAAAUUACAAGGUAUCUUUUCAUCUGAAAAUCAACAUGCUGUGCUGUUGCCAAAGUUAUGUCUUUCACAGGAAAAGAGUUGUAUGUGUGCAUAGGUGUGUGUUUGCAUCCAUAAGCUUGUAGGCUUGUGUGUGUUCGUGUGUGUCAUUGGGCCUUUACGUGUGUACAUUUUGCUUUAAUUUUCUUCAUUACUAAUUUACAAACCUACACUCGCAAUAUUAGGCAGUUGCAAAUAAAAUGCUUCUCGUGUACAUCAUUUGUCAAAAUGAGGAAUUGUUUUUAAUGUAAGUUCCAAAGCACAUGUUGAUAAGACCUUUGACUAUACAUUGUAUUAUUUCAGACUUCUUUUGCAACCUGAACAGUAUCAGGGCUUUUAAGCACUAGAAGGCAUGCUACUGAGUUUACAACUCUGCAGAUGUAUACACUGCUUUGAACUGCAGCACAGUCAUGACAUGAUAGUAGAGAAAAUUAUUUUUUCAAAUAUUGUCUUUUAUCGGGAUAAAUGAUUGACUCAUAAUAAAAGACAUAAUAGGCAUUUGUGAAUUAAUAUCUGUAUUUAUCAGUGCAAGGUUUGCAAACAAAUCAGGACAGUAUCUGUCAUAGAACUUAAGUUGCUUACUCCAGAUCAGGUCACUGCAUAAUUUGAUCUGUUUGUGCAUGAGGCAUUUUUCCUUGGGGUUUUAGAAUGUUGUUGUGAGAAUACUGGUGUUAAAAUGCCACACACAGUACCAACAUACACUUUCAAGGCAAAUUACCACACACCUUACCAACAUGCUCUUGCAUCGCAAAAUGCCAGAAAGCAUUGCCAGUCUUGGCUGGAUUAAAAAAACAAAAAAACCAGGUAUCACUGCUUGUAGAAUGAUGUAGCUACUGAUCCAUCAAUCUGACAGGCUGCAUGUACAAGAUCCCAGCCAGGUAACACUUGUGGAUUAGCUAGCAAUUUGGGUUGCCAGAAUGACUCUUUAAUUGUUAAAUGUUACAUGACUUCCAGUUCUAUUUCAGAAGCAGAUCCCAGAUGAUUCCUAUUGACAAACUAAAGGGACCAGAGAUAGUAAAUAUUCAUCUAUCUGAAGAAGAAAUAUGAUCAUGUGAUGGCUUCAUAUUUUUUGCUCUCACAUUGGCAAAUAAUCAGUGGUUCAAUACAAAUGGUGGGUGGGAGAAAAUAUGCACGUGCUUGCAUGCCUGUUUCAUUUUCUGAGAUGUGAAAAUCUCAUGCAACACUCUAUCAUAAGCUGCUGCAUCAUGUCAUCCAAACUGCUGAAGUCUCCUUCACCAGAAACAUAGACUAAGACAAUGGUUUUGCUGAUAAGUAAACUUGAAGAAAACCUAAAAUAAAAAGGGAGAAUAUAGGCAGGACAAACAAAUGAACCAUUGAAUUCAUUCAUUCACUCUUUGACUAAUGGUGGUUAUUGGGAAGUGGUGGGGGGGGGGAACACAUGAAUUGAUUGGGCAAGUGACAAAGCCCACCACAGGACAAACAGUCCACUCGUUCAUGUACGUAAAUCAGUUCUUCCUUUGGUCACUAUGGCAUUGCCAACACACCAAAGUACCUUAGAAGACCAUCUUCAACAGUGUUGUGCCAGGUCACCUCCAAACUAGGCCAGCUUACUCUGAUUGUUGCAGGUGGUGUCCUACGAGUGUGGCAAUCAUGUUUCAUACAAUCAUUGGUUUUGUGUUUUCUUUGUAUGAGAUCUACUGCACCCUCAUCAGGCACUUGCUCCUGAAUUUUCCUUUAUAUCAGGAAGCAGGAUUGGUACAAUAAGGGACUUGUACAAAUUGUAAACCUAAUGUUAAGUCUGUACAAGACCCAUAUUUAACCAUUGCAGUCAUAACCCUAAUGUGGAUACCUUCUGCCAUCUUCAGAAAGGUAUUCCCAAGUACUUAAAGCUGUUUUACCUCCCUGAGCUGAACUCCAUUCUUGUGUUAUCUGCGUUUAUUAUGGCUAAUGACCAUGGGUUUGCUUGUCUGUAUUCCAUAUGCGUUUGAACUGUCAUUUUGUUGGUAGCGUCUUGCAGUUCUUUGUUGAUACCUAUUAUCAGACUGAGGUCAUCUGCAAAGCAUAGUUUGCAAAUUGGCCUUUCACGGAGGGAAACGUUCAUAGAGGUUUUACACAUGAUGUGAAACAAAUGCUUGCCAGCAAACUGUCAAAGAACUAGUCGUAGCAUCCAUGUACCUGACCUAAAUGAAGCAUCCUUGAACUGUUGCAUAUUUUGGCUUAGCACUUAACCACACACAUUGGGGACCAACAAUGUGGUCCAAUACCUAAUGGCAGCAUUGAGACAUUGUUGAUCAAGCUUCAUUAACUUGUACUUGAUCUUUCUUGUACCUAAGUUGUACAUCCAGUUGACUGACAAGACUUCCUUUCCAAAAUUCUACACUAAUGGAUCCAUAGAUGCUUUUUGUUGUAUUCUAAAAAUAUAUUUGACCAUUUAUAUUCGUAUUGCAAUUUUAGUGCUGUCUUCCAGAUAAAUAAUUUUUUAAAAACUAUCAUUUAGUUUUACUACAUGGAAGCUAUGAUUCUACCCCCACUCCUCUCUAGAGAUAUAUAACUAUGGAGGGAAAAAAAUCUUUCGCUGAAGUAAAAUAAAAUGAUGUGAUGACUGAAUAUACAUGAGCAGCUCUGUCUAGAUAUUAACUGACAUAUAUAAACAGGCUAACUUUUAAUACAUUUUCUGGAAGAGGUAUAUCAUUUACCUGUCCAUUUGUGCUCAUUUUAAGGAAAAAAUACACAACUUUCUAAUUGUUUCUGUAAUAUCAUGACAACAUCUGGGCCUGAAAAGCAUCCUAAAUAAACCAACCACACUUGAAGACUAGAAUUAUACUUCAAGCCAGAAUACUAAAAGGAAAAUGUUAAUGCAACAUAGAUUAAAGGAAUGUGCCAAGUUCUGUGGAAAUUAUGUUUUGGCUCACAAGUUAUGUAUGAGGGUGCUCAUGCAUGUAAAGCAUUUUGUAUGGAUGCAUGCAUGUGACUUUUUAUAUGCACAAAAUAACAUCUACUGUCCACAAACUUUAAUGUUUAUUUAAUAAAAACAUAUCAGAGCA